AUGCAACAUUAUGGCCGUCCAACAACGAUACUUUCUGUUGCUAUACAUCAAUCGACAGAUGAUGGACUAAAUCGUUCUCAAUUGAAUGAAGUUGAUUUGCGAAAAUAUUUUCAACAAUUUGGUCACAUUAUCGGUUGUCAAUGGGAAGAAAAUGAACAUGCAAAAAAAGCUUUUCUCGAAUUCAAGGAUUAUGAUUCGGUCGAUCAAGUUAUGCUCUACACAGGAUCACAUGAAAUAAAUAAAAUCAAAGUGAAAGUUCAAAAAGAAAUGCAAGCACCACGAAGACGAGAUCGAGAUGGUCCGAACAAUCAUCCACGUCCAUACUGUGUUCAUAUAACGAAUUUACCACCAAGUAUUACCAGCGAACAACUAUCAUUGAUCUUUGAAGUACAUGUUGCCGAUAUUUUGAUUCGGCCACAAGCGAUCCCAGAGGAGAAUGAGAUCUCUGAAAUGUUGCCUUGGGAAGCUUCGAUAAAACAUUCGGGUAAUCAUCAAAUUGUUGAAAAACUUGUCAAAAAACUAGGAAGAAGACAAUUGGACAGUUACACAAUACAAUGUGAAUGCAUCCAAGAAGAAGUGCAUCCGUCUCAACUUUGUGAGCAAUUCGAAAUAGGUCAAUGUAAAUACCAGAAUGAUUGCAAUUUCAAACACUGGAUGUGUAAUGAACCGGACACAUGUGAAGAUGAAAAUUGUUGGUUUGGUCAUAAUGAACGUAGAACACUCAAAUCAAAUAGUCGACCAAGAAAAGAGCGAAAUUCAACCUAUCGUAUUAAACUAUGUAACUUGCCGUCGAAUGUAACAAUUGAACAGCUCAUGAGUCGUCUAAAUAUUGAAAGCAAAUCGAUGCACAAUGUCAAACUCUCACCCGAACCAUGUCAAAAUGGGACGAGAACGGCCUAUUAUGCAAAUCAAGUGUCAGAGAAUUAUACUCGUAAACUAGUUCGUAAAUGGCACAAUCAACAUUUUUCUGAUCAAUCUUCUCGAUUGAUAAAAUGUCAGGUAGAAUAUAAUGUCGCGAUAUUCGAUUGGAAUUACCAACCAGCUGAAUCAGUUCUAAUGAGAGAUGAACUACAAUCAUCUCACAUUCCUUCGGCCGUGAAGCUUAAAUCAAUUGUACCUGAAGCUCUUGCUCAGGAUGUACAAUCGAUUAUGAAUGUUGAAAACCCUUCUCCAAUUUCAUCUGCUCAACAUCAAACUUGGGCAGAUCGUGUCAAGCCUUCUCCUUCAAAACCGAAGAAGCAUCCAACGAAAUCUAUUUUCUCAAAUUCCUCUAUCGAUAUGCCAUCUGAUAUGGCCAAAUAUGCGCCACAGUGGCGUUGGAUUAAUGAAAAAACAUUUGAAAAUUCUCAUGAAAAAAUCGAAGAGUACACUGUGGUAUCAAUAAGUGAUGAAAAUCGAAUAGCCACCAUGAGAAUCUUUCUAUCGGGCGAUGAUAACAAUAAUGCUCGUUUUCGAGCGUGUCAUGAGUUGAAGAUUCUGGAAAAGUUACAAAGUAUAACUAUUCUCUACAAUGUGUUUGUUUUUGGCAAUAUCCAUGGUUUCUAUUUAGGUCUCAAGUCUGUUCCAAAAUUGAUCACAAACAAUAUUCAUUCAUCGGAUAAACAAAGUAGAAAUCAGGAUAAAUUUUGGAUUAUUAUAGAAAAUGUUCAAGGCAUAACACUCAAAGAUUUUUUGAAUGAACAUAGAAAAUUAAGCAUUUCUGAUGCUAUUGUCAUUAGUCGAAAAUUAUUAUUGACUAUCAAACACUUUCAUGCUUGCAAUGUUAUCCAUCGAAAUCUUGAGCCUCAAAAUAUUAUUGUAAAAAAUUUUCAACGAGAUGAAAAUGAAUUGACAAAUAUGAAGAAGCUCCAAUUUGUCAUUAUCAAUUUUAAUUUAGCAGUGAUCAAUGAUAGUAAUAUUCCAUUUAGUAAACAAGACGAUUUUACAUUGUAUGGAAAACAACAUUGUAAUGAAUUUGAAAAAAUUUUUCAUGUAACUGAUCCAGCUACAACCAAUCACACGUUCUAUCGAGUACCACAACUCGAGUUACGAUCAAUGGAAGAACUCGAAUUAUCAACUACCGAUGAACAACAACGUAUCGACGAACUUCGAAGUCCGACCAUUGAUAUGAGUCAUAUAUGUGCCAUUCUCUUUUGGCUAAUUACUAAACGAGUACCAGGAGCACCAAAAGAUAUCAACGAUCAAGCACCACAUGAACUAUCCGAUAAUAUCAAAUUAAUUGAGACGAAAUUACGAGAAAUUACAGGUGUAUGGAAUGGAAAAGAACUAUUUGAUCAUCUAAAACAGCAUUUAAACUUGAUAUUUGAUCGUGGUUUCGCCAAGUUUGGACUUCCAUGGUCUUUUAAUGAGCUUACAUUUCAAUUUAAAUUUCUACGUGAAUUGAUCGCUAAUGAAAGAAGUAUGGAUUCAACCGCUUACUGGCCGAAAUCAAUAGAAAAUUCUCCAUUGAUUUCAUUCAAUAUGAACGAUCGAUUUCUUCGUGCAGCAACAUUUAUUGAUCAUGCCAAACAAUACAUUGCCAGUCGUUAUACGAAUUCUACUGUUCGUUGGGCAACUGCAGAGAAGAGUCGUUGGUCAGGCAAUAGUGAACGUUUAGAAAACUACGAUGAAGUAACUAUUGAAUGGCCAAAGAAUCGUAAACAUGUUAUUACAACAAUCUGGCAUGUGUCUAUCAGUCCUAAUGACGAUCUCGGUAUCACUGUUAUAACAAAAACUCAUGAAAAGUCAGAAAUUGAAUUACCACUUGGUACAUGGGAGAAAGGACAAGCUAAUGCUAUGAAACAAAUAGCAAUAAGUCUUGAGACAAAAAUAAAAGUGUUAAUGAAAAUUCUUUGUUCAAAUGAAAGUCAUACUAGUUAG